AUGGUGGCAGAAUUGGAGGGCGCCACAGACUUGGUGGAUUUGACUGGAAGGGUGAAGGAGGUCUUCGGCCGCUACCGGGCUGAUGACCGACGCGGCUUCUUGACAAGGCCAGAGAUGCAGAAGCUGCUCAAUGACCUCAUCCCGAACACCAGUUACAAAUUUCUAGACAAGCUGCUCAAGGAGAUCGAUGGUGAUGGUGCAGACGGGAAGUUCACCACUCCCGAGAUUGUGGACUGGUUGGUGGGCAAGGCGAGCCAAAGGCAAGCUCAGCGGCUCCUGCUCCGGGCGAUCGUCGAAGCCACGGGUGACUCUUUGGGGGCGAGGGUCAUGGAGAUGUUCGAUCGGUAUGACCUGGAUGGGAGCUCUUUUCUGGAAAGACAUGAGCUGAUGAAGGUGCUUCGAGUUUUAGACUCUGAGAUCACUACUGCAGAGAUCCAGAGAGUCUUGGGCGAGCUCGACACCAGCGGAGACGGAAGGGUGUCCUACAAGGAGUUCCUUUCCUGGCUCCAUGUCGGUGGGUCAUUGGCUCGAAAGCUUUCCAGCAAGCUCAAGCAGGUCACAGGCCCAGUCAGAGAGAAGAGGGUCAAAGACGCCUUCACUUUGUAUGACGUUAGCGGAGAUGGAUUCUUGGACAUAUCUGAGCUGCGGAACGCCAUGGGCCAUAUGUUCCUGUUCAAUCAGGACGAGGUGAACAAAAUCUGUGCGGACUUGGACACCAGUAACGAUGGUGUAGUUUCGUACAAGGAGUUUUCUACGUGGAUGCGGAAGGGGUCAACCUCCAAGGAGGUCUUGAAAGGCAAGACUAUCCUGGCUCCAAUUGACAGCGAUGGCUUGGAUGCCGUGUUCUACGUUUUCUGUGGCCCCGGCAAAACUGAAAUGGAGAUGAAGGAUUUUGUGAAAUUCUGCAAGAACUGCAAAUUCAUCGACUCAACGUUGCCUCCUGCGGUGGCGGAGCUUGUCUUCAACGACCACAGGGUGAAGCCGCAUGGACGGCGAACCAUUGACUUUUUCGAAUUCGCAGUGGCAUUGGAGCUCCUGGCCGAGCGCAAGAACGCAAAGGUCAGCGACUUGUACACGGUGGCCUUGCUGACUGGCGGCCCGCAGGCGCAACUGAAGGGGGCAGUGGUGGAAGCGGCGCCAAAAGGCCGAGAAUGUCCCGCACGCAAGCAACGCAAAUCCAGGACAGGGAUCACGAAGCAGAUGAAGCCAAUCCUUGAGGACAAGGAUGGUUGGAAACGUGACGUCGAUAAUGGUGAGCUCUGGAAGAAAUUUGGAAUCGGGACUUCUGCUGGCCGGUGUCUCCGUCAGAUCUAUGGCCCGUGGAGCACUCGGACCAUCUGUUCAGGGCUUGUUGGUGCACUGCAAAGGUGUGGGCGCAGAGGUGAAGGGAAGUCCUUGACGGACAGGUCGGAUGCCUCCCCCCCGGCGCCGGCACGCAUUGGUGCGAUCCCUAGAAACUCCAACCUGUUGGUAGUGCAGCCAUCCUCAGCUCUGUAA